AUGCCUCACUCCAAGACUCCCGGUGGCUCUGGUAUCUCCGACAAGGAAGCCAAGAGACAAGCUGAGAUCCACGGCGAGAAGAAGGCCCCUGGUGAGGCACCCGUUGCCUCCGACUCUGGCGUCACCAACGUUGGCAUCGACAACGGCAGCAACCAGCCCGGAGAGAAGGGUAUUGGUGGUGUUCCCGUCUCGACUGAGACCACCACCAACGCCAACAUGAAGUAA